UAGGGCUGGUUCCAUUAAAAUUGGACGUAAUUGGAUUCAAGCUUUUUAUGUGCAAGUCCUCAUGUGUAGGCAGAAUACACAAUCUUUUUUUAAAUACAAAAAACAACGAUUCCUAUAUGUUCCUCCUUAACAUAUAAGAACGUGAUGCAGGGCUUAAUGCCGGGCAAUAAGCACUGCAUCAUGUUGGGAAGCAUUUUGCUGUCAGAUGCGCAGUGGUGUACAAUGACAGUAAAUGGAAUUUUCUGUUCCUUUAAGGGGCGUCAUUGGCACGGCAGAGCAGAGGCUGGCUGCAGGUGCAGUCUGGAACGACUGAAUGUGGACUGGGUGAGCUUGGCACAAUGCCAGCUGGCACACUCAGCGCCGCAGUGACAGAAACCAAAGAAGCGAACGUAAAAGAGCAAAGUAGAGAAGAAAAGAGAAGCAGGGAAAGAUGCAGGAGGAGAUAGCAACCGAAAGCUAGUACAGGAAACCUCUCAUAAAUCAUGUCAUUUGGAGAACACAAGGUGCCUGGGUUAGUAAAGCACUGCGGAGAGUCUCGUUACUGCAGCACCAAGAGAGAGACAGAGGGCAGCAGCGACUGGGAGCGGAGUGGGGAGAAGCUCUUGGAGAAUCUGCCGGGAAGCUUUGGAGAAAUUCAUUCAUUCAUUCGCUCAGACCAUGGCUGAGAAAAGUUCCGAAGCCGUGCUGAUAAGAACUCUAAACUAAAACAAGACGGCGUUUAAAGUUCAUUGCAAAGUGCUGACGUCAGCGUGAGUAAAUAGAGCCAUUGAGGACUGACCGAUAAACAUCGUUAACGCAACCAUUGUCCAAGAGAGGGGAGAAAUGGUGAUUCUCAGUGGAAGGGAGAGUGAUUGCGAGGAUGAAAAAAAUGGGGCUGUGCCGGGUGAGACAGUGAAAACAGACGAGAAUGUCCGGCGUGGAAACUGGUCCAAUCAGAUUGAGUUUGUGCUGACCAGCGUUGGGUACGCUGUGGGUCUUGGCAACGUCUGGCGGUUUCCUUACCUGUGCUACAGAAAUGGUGGAGGUGCAUUUAUGUUUCCCUAUAUCAUCAUGCUGGUGUUCUGUGGUAUCCCUCUCUUCUUUAUGGAGCUGUCCUUCGGCCAGUUCACCAGCCAAGGCUGUCUGGGAGUCUGGAAGGUCAAUCCCAUGUUCAAAGGAGUGGGCUACGGGAUGAUGGUGGUGUCCACGUACAUUGGGAUCUACUACAAUGUGGUCAUCUGCCUCGCCUUCUACUACUUCUUCUCCUCCAUGAACAGCCUUCUGCCGUGGACUUACUGCAACAACAGGUGGAACACAGCCAACUGCAGCAGCGUCCUGCAGAGCAACAGGACCACCAACAUGACCGAGCUGUCACAGGACGUCUCCACAUUGGUCAACAGUACAAUGAAGAGGACCAGUCCUAGUGAGGAGUACUGGAAGUAUUAUGUGCUGAAGGUCUCCGGUGACAUUGGGACCUUUGGGGAGAUUCGUUUGCCUUUGCUCGGCUGCCUGGCUGUGGCUUGGUUUGUAGUCUUCCUCUGCCUCAUUAAAGGGGUCAAGUCUUCGGGAAAAGUGGUGUAUUUUACAGCGACUUUCCCAUAUGUAGUGCUGACCAUUCUAUUUAUCCGUGGGAUCACUCUGGAUGGAGCAGUCAAUGGCAUUAAGUAUUAUCUCACCCCACAGUGGGACAAGAUUCUAGAUGCAAAGGUCUGGGGUGAUGCUGCUUCCCAGAUAUUCUAUUCCCUGGGAUGUGCCUGGGGCGGUCUGAUAACAAUGGCAUCUUACAACAAGUUUCACAAUAACUGCUACAGGGACAGUAUCAUCAUCAGUAUCACUAACUGCGCCACCAGUGUUUAUGCUGGCUUUGUCAUCUUCUCCAUACUUGGCUUCAUGGCCUCGCACCUGGGGGUGGAAGUGUCGGAAGUGGCAGAUCAUGGUCCUGGUUUGGCCUUUGUGGCCUAUCCUGAAGCCCUGACCCUGCUGCCAGUCUCCCCUUUCUGGUCCAUUCUCUUUUUCUUCAUGUUGAUUCUUCUGGGACUGGGCACACAGUUCUGCCUCUUGGAAACACUGGUCACUGCUAUCGUUGAUGAGAUUGGCAGUGACUGGAUUCAUACCCGGAAAUCCUUGGUGACUCUGGCCGUUGCUGUCAUUGGCUUUCUGCUGGGAAUUCCUCUAACUACACAAGCGGGCAUUUACUGGCUGCUUCUCAUGGAUAACUAUGCAGCCAGCUUCUCUCUGGUUGUGAUUUCCUGCAUUAUGUGCAUCGCUAUCAUGUACAUUUACGGACACGAACAAUACUUUAAGGAUGUUGAGAUGAUGCUUGGCUUUCCACCUCCAGCCUUCUUCCAAAUCUGCUGGCGUUUUGUAUCUCCAAGUAUUAUUUUUUUCAUACUGAUAUUCACUGUGGUGCAGUACAAGCCCAUCAGUUACAAUGAUUACGUGUUUCCAUCCUGGGCUCUCAUCAUCGGUUUCCUAAUGGCAAUGUCCUCAGUCAUCUGCAUCCCCAUUUAUGCCAUUUGGAAGAUCUGCAUGUCAGAAGGCGACACCUUCUGGGAGCGUUUGAAAAAUGCGAAUAAACCGGACAAGACCUGGGGCCCGGCUUUGCUAGAGCAUCGUAUAGGCCGAUACGCAAUCUCCAGUCCCUCCAGCGACCUCAAUCUCGAGGUUCAACAGUUAAACCCAGAGAAGGAGAGAGAGAAGGAGCAGCUACCAGCCGGGGAUAGAGAAGAUUGUAAUCUCAGCGUUCAAGGCCACAACGGUUCUGCACAUACGCAGGACUCCAAGGUGUAAUCAAAGCAACAACAAAAAAAAUCAAAGAAGACAAUUAAUUAAUGGGGGAUUAAUGGGAGGGAGGAUAAAGACAGCCUUUACAAACAGGGAAUAAUUCUUCCCCUACAAUUCCUUAUCCGAUCUGUGGAAUUUGACACAUAACCAGCACAACUUAAUUGAUUUUUUUCAGGUGUGUGUUUUUCUUUUAUUUUUACAAAGAUCGAUAGAAGCGCAUAACUUAAUAUUUAAACCCAAUUUUGUUCGUAAAAAGAGAAAAAAAAAACCUCUAAAUCAGUUAUUUUUUUGUUGUCAUUUUGUGACGUGCAGUACUUUGUAUACAUUCUAUUUGUACAUUAGUACAGCUGAUAGCUGAGAGAAAGUUUCCUGGUCGUAAACUAGCUGUUUCUCGUGGCUAACCCUGGUUCCUGUUUGUGUUUCCUAUCUUCUCCAUGCUGCAGCAUUGCUUGUUGUAUGAUAGCCACCUCUUGAUUUUGCUUAACAGUCAAGGUAGUUCGACAUAUGAGAGGACAACUUGUGAAGGAAACUGGAGUUUAAACAUUAAGGUUUAUUUUGGGCUAAUUUAUAACAGUAACAUAGUUAGAGAGGGGAAGCAACAACAACAAAUUGCACUUAUAUAGUGCCCUCCAUGCAGGGGAGCAUGUCAGAGAGCUUAAAAAGUUCAGCACUGAGCACGAUUCUAAGUGUAUCUGAUGCCCACCAAACCAAGUGAUUUGAUGAACAGUUAAGUUCCAGCCACACACCAUUAAAAGGUAGAUCGGUACAAAACACAUGUGUACGUUGAUUGUACUGAGAAUGUGUGUAAACUCUGAUAAACUUCUAUCUACUAAAUUCAAUAGAAAGAUCAACAGCACUAUGAGAAACAAUCCUUCUCCUAAACUGUCUCUGUCCUCGUUGAAAGUUCCUCCCAUUUCUAAGGCAUUGACUCACUUUAAGACUAUAACAUCCCCCUGAUUCGCAUGUUGAUUGGGCCUCCAUUACUAAUGCACUCUAAUUUGCUCGAAAAUAUCAGCACUUCAGCUGUACAUAAGAACAUAGGAACUGUACAGGGCCUGGGAAAAAAACAGUGUGGUUCAUCUUGCCCUAAGCUGUAGUGUUUAAAUGGGUGCACAGUUUAUACCACUGAACAUAUGGGAGUUGGCAUUGAGAUAUGCACCAGCUAGGCACCACGUGUGUCUAAACAACAAUACAUAGGAAUAUUUUGAUCACUUUGUUGAUUAGUUAAAUAUUCAACUCCUCAACUUUGUUGGCCGCCCUGUACCAUAUUUGUAUCGUAGACGUGGAGAGGGAAUGCUUGAUACAGUUGGCAUCCGGAAUUUGUGUCGUUCUUAGAAAAGGGCAGUGAUACGAUGAUAUAUGAUACCCAGUGAGAUUAUUCACUUACAUUCUCAAAUUAUACCUAUGGUUGUGCCCCAAAAUCCCGUGCCCAGCUCUGCAGCCGUAUCUAGCAAAGAGGGAGGCUUGGGACAAUACUUUUUUUCUUCCAGAUAGUUCAUGUUCCAGCCAAUGUACAAUUGUAUCACUAUAUCAGCCAUUGCCAGUUCUUAAUCAUUAAGAUUUCUGUCCAAGAAGGUAAAAACCUUUGCAAGUCUUCAUUUAAAUGUACUCUUUCCAUGUGAUUUACAACCCCCCCACCCCCCACCCCGGACUGUUUGUCUCCUCCUUCAAGCAAAGUGGUCCAUCAAAGGUCAUGAGCUUGGUGCUUUAGUCAGAAGAAGUAGGUCUUUAACAAGAUGCUGUACCCAUUAGUGUUACAAGAUGCAUCGACCUAUUUAACUGAAAUCUGAUGUUCCUCUAUUCCCAAUGUCUAAACCAAUUUUGUGUUUCAUUCUUUCAAACUGAGGAGGUGAAGCCUCUGUUCCAUAACCCAAAUUGGGCCCCACAAUGCCCAGACACUCAAAGGCCCAAAGUUUCUCAUAGGCUCAGCUUUAAGAUUCAAAAUCAUUUAUUCCGAAUUUGGGAAAAUUCUCAUGUUCUUGAGUCAUAACUUUGGAAGUGGAUUUCGACAGUUUCCGAAUUAAGAAUGGGUUUAAUAUUUUUCCAAAAUUCUGCAUGUAGUCUUAAUUAAGGCUAAGAUUGUGAAGAUUUUAAUCGAUUGAAAUAAAAAUGGGGAGAAGGGCAGAGAGUUGAGCAUCAGUUGUUUCUAAACCCAUCUUAUACUGCAUUGCUCACUAUUAGGGGAGAUAGAACAGCACAAAUGGAACAAUUUAGCCUACGCUGCUUGGAAAUUUGUUCUUCCCCAAAAAACACAUUGUGUUGAAAAGGGCUCACCUAUUCCGGUGUUUCCCACACCCCAAUGUACAGCUGCAUCAAUCUGGCAAAUGAUGUGAAGUACGUCAAUUAUGUGUAUGACUCGCGUAUCCUGACAAAUGCAUGAUCGGUUUUGUCAAAGGGACGUCGUUGUGCUUGGGUCCAAAUUUUGGUCGGAUUGGGAACUUCCAGAUAUUGGGAGUGAACGGGAAUGUUACGUUGGGAUUCUGAGCCAGGGACGCAAUUAUGCAUGGAUCAAAACUUUUUUUAAAAAAGCUGAGAAUGGUCAUCGUGGCAUUUUGUGGCUGGUUGUCGUGUGUGUUUUUUGUCGAUUGGUUGCGUUUGCUUGAUAAUGUAAAACCACGAUCUACGCAGAAAUAUAGUUGUGUAAUAAUAUCCCAGGCAUUCCCAUUAUGAAGCUGCAAAUUAAGUUCUUUUUUGCCCCCCAAUCUUCCUUUCUAGUUUCUUCUGUUGCCCAUUUUGUCAUACUUUUCUGCACAUGGUUCAAUUUGGACAAAGCAUUGAUUCCUCAGCCCAUUCUGUACAGGCACAUGGUGUAUUGAACGCAGUUGAGGGUUGGUUCUAAACCAGCAUGCCGUUGACUCAGAAACGGACGUAGAGAGUGUAUAAUACUGGUCUCGAUGCUUCCACUUCAGUCAUUAACUACACAUGGAUUAACAAUGCCCUCAACUAUCAUGAUUCAGGCAUCAUAUGUCAUUCUUCAGCUCACAUAUUACAACCCAGAAGCUGCAGUCCCUAUGUAUUUGAUUGUGCUCCAGCUAAAUCCAUUGCUAUUUCACCAGCGCAUACUGUUUUAUGAAAGCUCUAGUCCGUGCUUUACUGAAAUCCACGAGUGGAGAACAUAUUCUCUCACAUGUGACGACUCUUCAGUCAGUCACAGUUAGACUGAGCCAAUAGUUCUUCCUGUAACUUGAAAUUUUGACCAUGUUGUUUAGUUCUGUUCUUUGUGUGUGUUUGUACAGCUGCCUGGUACUGUACUGAAUACUUGAGAGGUUAUAGUAUUAAUGUUAGCAUUCAGUGCACACUUUAUUCCAGCUAAUGGAAAUAUUUGUACAGUAAACCUCCCAUAAGUCGUCUUAGUUGGGAACCAUACAUUUAAUACAGUAUUUGCUUCCCAAUUUAACUUAGCACAAUGUGGGAUUAUGCAUGUGAUGAUUAAGGUUAGUUCUGUGGAGAGUAGCUGGUAACAUUUUGAUUUGCUAGUAAACAUUUACAGUCAGAAAUAGAUCCAUAAUAUAUGAUAAUCUUUGUUGCUUAAGAGCUGUAUUGUAUUUCUCUUGAAGUGAGAGUGUCAGCAAAAGGUUACUUUCCACCAGCAUCAUUGCCACCACAUUCCUAUACCUUGUGUCCUCUUUUUACCCCAUAAUGAUUGAGAAUCUCUCUAAUAUGUUUACACGUACACUUGGUGACGCUCUGUGUGACGUUUACACUGCUAUAGACCUUGAACUGUUCAAAUCCAGUAAAGUACAACACUAUAACAUCGCAUGACUAACUCCCCUGGUUCCCCCUCCCUUCUCAGUGACAUUGAUCAAAGGCAGGCUUUGCUGACUGACCAGAGAGCGUGCUUUACACUGCACUGCCCAGAACCAAGAACAGGAGUGGGGCAGCUGUUUACCAAGUUCAUCCUUCAGAGAAUUCCUUGCUGGAUUCCCUCGUGCACAGAGCGUGUGGUCUAAACAGUGAUCUGGAUUAAACCCCGUUUCUCAGUUUCAUUCAUUCAUUCAUUCAUUCAUUCAUUCAUUCAUUCAUUCAUUCA